AUGAUAUCUUUUAAGAAACAUCUUAUGAUCGGUAUCGGAAUUAGAUUUUUUCUCGUAUACUACGGUGAAGUUCAAGACAGUCUAUCAGAUGUCCAAUACACCGAUGUGGAUUACCGUGUGAUCACCGAUGGAGCUAGUCAUGUUCUAGACUUAAACUCGCCGUACAAGCGGCAUACUUUCCGUUACACGCCACUUUUGGCAUAUCUAGUUCUGCCAAAUCUACUGAUUCACCACACCUUCGGCAAAUUUGUUUUCUCUUUGUUUGACAUUUUGAUUGGUUUGUUGAUAAAAUGGAUUCUGUUGAAUUGUUACAGAGAAAACAAAAUUUCCAUAGAAAAAAAGCUUUUGAAGCUGGAGACACUAAACAACAGAAACAAGUACUUCAUCAAAAGGAAGAAUGAAAAUCUUAGCAACAGCAAUGAAACGUUGCCACCGAAGUAUAUCCGGAUGGCAGAGUUAAGCGCAUACUUCUGGCUGUACAACCCGCUAACCAUGGUGAUUGCAACACGAGGAAAUGGAGAUUGCGUAUCGUGUUCGUUGGUUCUCAUAGCUGUCUAUUUUCUCCUACGGAACAAACAAACCACUUUGCAGUAUUUCGUGGCUGGACUUUUUCUUGGACUGUCCAUCCAUUUCCGGCUCUACCCGAUUGGUUUUUGUCUGGCAUUCUACCUUGCGGUGCUCGACAAACCUUUGCAAACCUUCACAGAUUACACUCAGGCUAUUCUCAUACCAAACGCAAAACAACUGGCCCUGGUAUUUGGAACCAUAGCAGCUUUGAUUAUAUCGACCAGUUUUUUCUAUUUCUUGUACGGUCAUCAAUAUUUUUACGAGUCGAUUCUGUUCCAUUUAGUUCGAAAAGACACUCGCCACAACUUUUCCCUUUAUUUUUACCUUCAAUACCUUAGUAUCAACUAUUCCAUAACUUUGCUGGAGAAAAUUCUCACCUUCCUGCCGCAGCUUAUCCUGAUAGUCACACUAACCAUUCGGUACGGCAAACAUCGUCAAACGCUGGGAUUUUCCCUAUUCACCAUAGCUUUUGUGAUGGUCACCUACAACCCAGUGGUAACAUCGCAGUACUUCGUUUGGUUUCUGUCACUGCUGCCGUUGAGUGUGAAAAAUUUCAAAAACAUUGGCCUCCGAAAAGCAAUUUUCAUGCCAGUGAUGUGGUUCAUCUCCCAGGGCGGCUGGCUGCUGCCUGCUUAUCUGCUCGAGUUCAAAGGCUGGAACACGUUCGAGUUCGUCUGGAUUCAAAGUGUGGUAUUUUUCUUCUCCAAUAUACUAAUACUGCAGAUGUUAGUGUCGAACUAUGAUGUGAGUUACAAUUAUAAGAUAGAUUGAAGAUUUGACGAGUUUAAAUUUGAAAUCAUUCUGUGGUACAUUUUGUAAUCGGAAUAAAAAAAAUAUGUAAAAUAUUUUA